GCGGCGGCGGCGGCAGCGGAGGCGGCGGCUCCAGCCGGCGCGGCGCGGGGCUCGGCAGCGGGAUCCGGCAGCGGUGCUAGCUCCGCGCUCCGUGCCUCGCUCCCUGCCCGGGGUGGUCGAAGGGCGAGGCGCGGAGCCCCCGCGGCCCGAGGGCGCGAAUCCAGCCUUGUCACAUCAUCCCGUCCCCUUGGUUUUGGAAGUCUUGGAAAGAGUUGGUCUGGAGAAGGAGGACAUUGAUGUGCUCAGUGUACGGCCAGUGGUGAAGAGCAGAUGGCUGCUCCUGUCCCGUGGGCCUGCUGUGCUGUGCUUGCUGCCGCCACUGCUGUUGUCUACGCCCAGAGACACAGUCCUCAGGAGGCACCCCACGUGCAGUACGAGCGCCUGGGUUCAGAUGUGACUCUGCCGUGUGGGACAGCAAACUGGGAUGCAGCGGUGACGUGGAGGGUAAAUGGGACAGACCUAGCCCCUGACCUGCUCAACGGCUCUCAGCUUGUGCUCCAUGGCUUGGAACUGGGCCAUAGCGGCCUCUAUGCCUGCUUCCACCGUGACUCUUGGCAUCUGCGCCACCAAGUCCUACUACAUGUCGGCUUGCCGCCGCGGGAGCCUGUGCUCAGCUGCCGCUCCAACACUUACCCCAAGGGCUUCUACUGCAGCUGGCAUCUGCCCACCCCCACCUACAUCCCCAACACCUUCAAUGUGACCGUGCUGCAUGGCUCCAAAAUUAUGGUCUGUGAGAAGGACCCAGCCCUCAAGAACCGCUGCCACAUCCGCUACAUGCACCUGUUCUCCACCAUCAAGUACAAGGUCUCGAUAAGUGUCAGCAAUGCCCUGGGCCACAACGCCACAGCUAUCACCUUCGACGAGUUCACCAUUGUGAAACCUGACCCUCCAGAAAAUGUGGUAGCCCGACCAGUUCCCAGCAACCCUCGCCGGCUAGAGGUGACUUGGCAGACCCCUUCAACCUGGCCUGACCCUGAGUCCUUUCCUCUCAAGUUCUUUCUGCGAUACCGACCCCUCAUCCUGGACCAGUGGCAGCAUGUAGAGCUGUCAGAUGGCACAGCGCACACCAUCACAGAUGCCUAUGCUGGGAAGGAGUACAUCAUCCAGGUGGCGGCCAAGGACAAUGAGAUUGGGACAUGGAGUGACUGGAGUGUGGCCGCCCAUGCCACGCCCUGGACUGAGGAGCCACGACACCUCACCACUGAGGCCCAGGCUCCGGAGACCACGACCAGCACCACCAGCUCACUGGCACCCCCACCCACCACGAAGAUUUGUGACCCUGGGGAGCUGGGCAGCGGCGGAGGAACCUUGACACCCUUCUCAAUCGGCGUCCCUGUGACCCUGGCCCUGGCCGCUGCUGCCGCCACUGCCAACAGUCUCCUGAUCUGCCCCCUGCCCUGUCUCCCCAGAGCCCGGCAUCCCGUGAGGACAUGCCAGCGCACCUGCAGAGGAGCAGGAGGCCGGAGCUGAGCCCGCAGACCCCAAUUUCUAUUUUGCACACGGGCAGGAGGACCUUCUGCAUUCUCUUCAGACAUAAUUUGUAGAGACCCCGGCAGGCCCGGGCCUGCCGCCCCCUAGCCCUGCCACACCACACUGGCCCUCCUCCCUCCCUCGGGAGAGGAGGACCUUGCAGCCAAUCCACCCACCAAAGACCUACCCCUACCCCCACCCUGGCCCCUUGGGCUGGAACCUCCAACGCCAGCGACUCCCAGGAGCCCUUGGGGGGGUUCUGAGGGGAUCCCCUCACAUCCAUAAUUUCUCCUCCUGCCCCAGCCUCCUGUCUGUCCCAGGGUCUCUGUUGCCACCAUCAGAUUAUAAGCUCCUGACACUGGGGGGGCCCAGCCACCCCUUCCCCCCAGUGCCCACACUUUUUCACUCCCCCACCUCUGCCCAUUUUGUACGGCCCUCCCCUUUCCCUGUUCCUACCCCACAGUAUUUAAUGCCCUGUCAGUCCCUUCUAGUCUGACUCAAUGGUAACUUGCUGUAUUUGAAUUUUUUAUAGUUGUAUAUACAGGGGUGGGAUGGUGGGGGGGUUCUCAUUAAACGUCACCAUUUCAUGA